AAAAUAUAUAUGGACAGAGGGCCAAGACAGUAAAAGUACAGUAGAUAAACCUCCCCCAAUUUUGGAAACGAUUUAGGGUUUUAUGGAAUCUCCCUGUCUCUCUUCCUGAUUCUCAUUCUUAUUAUAUAUUUAGGGCUCCUCCUCCCCUUCUUUCCCUAAAUUUUGUUUCUCUCUCUAGGUUUUUUUUGUUGGUGGGAUGGAGAUGGAGGGCUUGUCCUGUGAUGCUGUUCUCUUGGAUAGAUUUGUGUGCACUGUCAUAGAAGCUGUCGUGGUUGAGACCGCCAUUGUUGCUGCUAAAUCUCUGGCUUGCUUUCUCUUCAUGAUGGGAAAUUUCCCAAUUGGUAUCAAUGUCCCAAGGGAACCCGGAGCAAUUAAAAGGAUUUCAUUAGCUGAAAUUAGCAUAGACAGGCAGCCUGACCCAGAAAACGAAGAUGGCAGCGAAACUGAGGAUGAUGGCGAGGAUGAUGAUGAUGAUGAUGAUGGUGAUGUUGGUGAUGAGGAGGAUGAGUCGUCUGGUGAAGAGGGAAAUGAUGGUGGUGAAGGGGAUCCUGCAGAUGAGCAUGCGGCCAAUGGUGAUGGUGGAAGUGAGGACGACGACGAUGACGAUGACGAUGAUGACGACGACGGUGAUGAAGAUGAAGAUGAGGAUGAAGAGGAAGAAGAGGAAGAAGAAGAGGAGGAGGAGGAGGAGACGACUCAGCCACCUGCUAAGAAGAGGAAAUGAGAGAUUUUUUUUUUUCCUGUGUUAUAUUUUUUCUUUUUGGUGGAGAGAUGGUAAAUUUGUGUUAGUGCCUAGGAAUGAGGGGAGGGUUUUGGUGGAGAUGAGGGUAAAAUUUCUGUUUGGAUAGAGUUGCUGCUAUAUUAUGUUGUGAAUGACCCUGUUCAAUGUUUCUAAUUUUAUAGCUCUUUUUAAGCAAUUAUUUUCAUCCCUUAAGAUUAUUGUGUGAUCUUAUUUGUACCCUCCAAGAUAUCAGAAUAAUUGCUCUUUUAUCAUUUUAUAUAUAUAUAUUCUCGUUAUAUUUCUUUUA